UGUAAAAAUUUUGUUAGGAAAAGAAACUGCCAUUUCCAAACCCAAAAUGAAAGAAAAAAAUAAAAGAGAAAUUGAAACAAAAAGACAGCAAGUUGCUUGCUGUUUCUCUCUCUCUUCUUUCACUUGUAAGAAAUUUGUUCUAUUGUCUUAAGUGUAAAGCUAUAUGCAUGGUUCUAUAAAAGUCGGUCUAUAAGACGAUCUGUGAAUAAGGCGGCGCAUAUUUUAACUUAAUAUGCUCGUUCUUCAUCGGGAGUGAUAUUCUAAAUUUCCCGAAUUCCUUACCUCUAUAAUUGCUUCGGAUUUAUCUUAAUGAUAUCUUGAUUCUCAAAAAAUAAAAAUGAAACACAAAUCCACAGUUCAGCUAGAUAAUAAGAUAUACAGAAAAGAAGAAUUAAGAUAUUUUUUUUUUAGUUUGUGAAUAUAUAGAUUGAAAGGAAAUAAAUAAUUAGAGGGUGAUUAAGCAAAAAUUAAUUAUAGAUUAUGGUUAGAGAUUUGAUAAUGAAGAAGGAGACGAUCGAGGAUUUAGCAAUAUUGGGAGGGUUAAUAGCGUUACAAUUUGUUUAUGCAGGAAAUUCUGUUUGUUUGAGUUAUUUAAUGUCUUUAGGUUUUACACCUUAUACCAUUGUUAUCUUCACUACUUCUGCCACCUUUCUCGUCACCUCUCCUGCUGCUAUUUAUUUUGAAAGACGAAAAUGGCCUAAAACAUUCAGUUUCAAGUUGAUGAUGCAGAUCCUUUUUAUCUCUUUUGCAGGGGUAACUCUGUUUCAAUCCUUAUUCUUGAAGGGAAUAAAGUUAACCUCACCAGCAUUAGCAACAGCCAUGCCAAAUCUUGCUCCAGGUCUUAUUUUUCUCAUCGCCUGGGCAGCAAGGCUCGAGAAAGUUAGGCUGAGCUGUAUGUACAGCAAAAUAAAAAUUGUGGGCACAUUUUUAUGUGUAUUAGGUGCUCUCACCAUGAGCCUAAUGCACAGCUCUAAACCAACAAAAAAUCCAGAGUUAUUAGCUCCUCCAUUUGAUGCGAACUUUGAUAUGCAAAAAAUGACUGGCUGCUUGUAUCUUUUGGCCGCCGUUCUUGUUAUGGCUGCCAACGUCGUAUUGCAGGCUUCGACUUUAGGCGAUUUUCCUGCACCAAUGUCGCUAUGCACUAUAACAUCAUUCAUCGGUGUGAUUAUGACAUCGAUGGUUCACUGGUUUCAAGGUUCAGGUUCCGGACUCACUUGGCCUCCGUUGCUUCUCGGGGAACUCAUAGGUUACUCUUUAGUGGCAGGUGCUAUUGGUGGAACUGGUAUUAGCUUCAGUGGAUGGGCAAUGAAGAAAAAGGGGCCAGUUUUGGUGUCCAUGUUUAACCCCAUUGGAACAGUCAUCUCAGUUCUUCUUUCUAUCAUUACCUUAGGAGAAACUAUUAGAUUAGGAAGCCUCGCCGGUAUGCUGUUAAUGUUUACGGGUUUAUAUUUCGUACUAUGGGCAAAAGGGAAAGAAGCGUACAAUGAAGCAGUGGGCAUAGAGAGUGAGUACGAUGCCAGAAAGCCUCUGUUAAGUUAAACAAUGUCGAAAUUAUGAUCAUAUUAAGGUUCUACUUUGUUUGGUUCUAUCAGGCCUCUAGCUUUUCCAACGAAGAACUCGAUUUUGAUGGACAUUUUGCGAUAAUGCUUUCAACGUUAUCAGCUGCUUUUGCUUUGAAUAUAUAUAUACAUAUAUAUAUGGUUGCUGUAGCCUGAAAUGCUGUCUGUAUACGUGAUGAUACGAUGUCGUUUUGUCGGAAAAAACAUGAUCAAACAACUCUGUACAUAUCUAUUAAGUAGAGAGGUUUUAUCUCAAUAGUUUAUACUAGUGGAGUUGCACAUUUGUCUCUUUGUUUGUUUAGGCUUUUUUUCUAGUUUUCUUGUAAAAAAUAGAGGUUUUAACUUUUAAGCUAUGUUUUUGUUCUA